CCGAUCUAUUUUUUUUUCUAGGAAAUCAAAUUAACUCAGAAGAUUUGCAUAAAAGCGUAAAGCAAUAUUGUUCGAAAAUCCAACCUUGUCUUUAUAUACCGUUAGUUGAUUUCACAAGUCGAUUAUGAUUCAGAAGCACAAGAAAACUAGACAAAAGAUGGUUGGACAGAAGAAGCGUGAGAUAGAGAGAGUUCUUCAAUGUGCUGUGUGAAAAAGGAAGCUCCUUUCCUGCUCACUGAAGUAAUCUCUCUGUUUGAAUUUCAGCUCCUUCAUCGGAUGAUUAAAAUCCCCAAGGUUCUUGUGCGAAUCCGUCCUUGAUGAGUUAUCAAUCACUUCUACAAGAUGCAUGGAUUCUCCAUUGUUGAUGGCUUUGCGGAGUUAAAUGAGUGCUUGGCAGAGAUGAUUAAAUACAUCGCGAAUGAACCCUCACUGGGGCUGUACUAUGUACAGCAGCAUUCACAAAACACAGUGCCUAAUGUCAUUAAUCUCAACAAUCAUGUGGUGGAAAAAUCUCAAGAAACAACAUUGCAUACUGAAGAUUUGGAAGAUUCUAUUGCCAUGGUGGGCUCUGUGAAGGAGUGUGGUUUCCUCAUUGCUGAAGAGAUGAUUAAAGACAUUGGAAAAUCUUUAGCAAUCAUGUCACAGAAGCAACCAAGAAGAGGAUUAAUCCAUAAUCCGACUUCAAGUUUUCAUGUGGGAAGAAGCAGUUCCUGGGGUCCUGCAAUGUGGGGGCGUACUGCAGUUUCUUCCCGGCAGAAUUACCAAAGAAAAGACGGUUAUUUUUCGACUGUGUUCAAGUCAGCAAAGCAAAAGGCCAACAAUUGCAAAUGGCCGCAACUUGAUCCCAAAGAACUUGUACAGAGUACAGACCCAAGGCAAUAAGGUACUGCUACCAAAGCAUAAUACAUCAGUAUCGGUCACAACUGCCAGCAGUAAUUUAUCUCAGGCAGACGUCGAAGGUGAUAAGCUUCCUGUGUCAAGUCGCGAUGCAAACGAGCUAGAAGAAGAAGAAGAAGAAGAAGAAGAAGAAAAAGGAGAGGAGAAAGAAGGGAGGGAGAAUAUUAGCUUGCCGCUUCAUACUAUUUUGUGGUCGCUACCACAAAAUUUUGAUGAGUUCAAGGCUAACAAAGAAGCAGAACUAGAGGAGUGGUUAGAAGGGACUGUUGGCAGCUUAAAUUGUGACCUUAGAUCAGGUGAGGCUCAGAGGCAUCCUUGAAGUCACUUUUGCUUGUAUAUUCUGUUGUUUGUUAUACAAGUAUAUUUUGAUACUGAUCAUAAACAAAUGUAGCAUGGCUCUCCAAUUAUUUUUUUCAUUGAGGUUGAGAGUAGUCGCUAAAUUUAUCUACUCAAUGUUUUGGUGGUUUUCAAACACCCCAAGCUUCUCAAAA